AUGGGUGAAAUAUUAUCCAUAAUACCUGAGUCACACCCUUCACCCUCAAUACGACAGCCUUUGAAGCGGGCUCGUGGAAUUAGUGAUUUCAUGUCAAUAGGAGAUUCAACAGAUGGAGUGGACUCUAUAUUACCCACCUCGAUAAUGCUAAUGACAGACAUCGAUAAUGGAGCGAGCGGAAAUGGUGUGGUUAAAGCACGGACUGUCGUUAGAAAAAAAUGGAGUAAGGGGUGUGACGUGAUCUCCAUCAAGUCUAGAACACAGCCCGAGUGCUGUGUGUUACUGAAUCGUGAAGAUUUACUAACCCUUCAAAAGUUGAAGUAUUGUAUACGUGACUCCGUCACACAAAAACUCUGA